CGCUGCUGCUCGUUGAGAGUUGACGGGCCCGUUGCUAUUUUGUUCUGAUGCUUCAACUUCAUACCAUCUCACUUUUCUCGUCGAAUUCCUUGACUUUCUCACCCGCCGUCGCCUUCCGCACUCCCGCAGCUAAAACUUUGUCCUCGGCCGCCGCCGCGCUUCCCUUCUUUCGUUUCCCAAAUUACCGAUCCGCCCGCCCUCCCCGGCGCUGCUCUGGGGGUAAGUGUGAAGCACUGAAAGUUGAAGCAAUGGCGGCGGAAGACGGUCAGGAUCUUCGCCUUGCUAGAAUUUCAUCUGCUAUCAGAGUCAUCCGGGACUUCCCCAAGCCAGGGAUUUUGUUCCAAGAUAUUACCACAUUGCUCCUGGAUACCAAGGCUUUCAAGGACACUAUUGAUUUGUUUGUUGAGAGGUACAAGGACAAAGAAAUCUCUGUUGUUGCAGGUGUUGAAGCUAGAGGUUUUAUAUUUGGCCCUCCUAUUGCCUUGGCCAUUGGGGCAAAAUUUGUGCCCUUGAGGAAGCCAAAGAAGUUGCCUGGGAAGGUUAUUUCUGAAGAGUACUCUUUGGAGUAUGGAACAGAUAAAAUAGAGAUGCACGUGGGAGCUGUAGAAGCCGGUGAACGUGCCUUGAUCAUAGAUGACCUCAUUGCAACUGGGGGAACCUUGGGUGCUGCCAUCAGGCUUCUUGAGCGUGUAGGGGUGCAUGUCGUUGAGUGUGCCUGUGUAAUUGAAUUGCCAGAACUAAAGGGUCGGGAACGAUUGGGGGAGAAACCAUUGUUUGUUCUAGUUAGCGGAGAAGCAUGAGCAUGGUUUCUUUUGGGGCUGCAGAUUUUCAAGAUACCAACUUGAUUGUUAGCAGGGGCGUACGUUUGAUUAUGGGUUUGUUUUCAUUGGGUGAUUGAAGAGCUGAAAAAAAAACUUUGGUAUAUGUAUGUACUAUGCAGAAAUAAGUUGUUUUUCUGUUUCACUUAUAAAUCUGGUAAUAUUUUAUCAAACAGGUGAUUUAAAUAUCAAGUCGCCAAAGUGAAAUUAUCUCA